AUGGUGCUGGAUCCCCUGAGACGCCCAGGUCUGCUCUGUGAACAAUCAUCUCACUUCCUCAGACCUCCUCACUCCCUCAGACCCUCAGUCCCUCAGACCCUCAGACCCAGACCUCCUCACUCCCUCAGACCCUCAGACCCAGACCUCCUUACUCCCUCAGACCUCCUCACUCCCUCAGACCCAGGCCUCCUCACUCCCUCAGACCCACAGACUCAGACUUCCUCACUCCCUCAGACCUCCUCAGUCCCUCAGACCCUCACAAUCAGACCUACUCACUCCCUCAGACCCUCAGACACAGACCCCCUCACUCCCUCAGACCUCCUCAUUCCCUCAGACCCAGACCUCCUCACUCCCUCGGACCCUCAGACCCAGACCUCCUUACUCCCUCAGACCUCCUCAUUCCCUCAGACCCUCAGACCCAGGCCUCCUCACUCCCUCAGACCCUCAGACUCAGACCUGCUCACUCCCUCAGACGUCUGA